AUGGCGUCGAAGCGAGAAUUGGAAGAAAAAGACGGUGAAGAUCUCGAUUUUCUUUUACCUCCGCGUCAGGUCAUAGGUCCUGACGAAAAUGGAAUCAAGAAGGUUAUUGAGUACCAAUUCGGUGAUGAUGGUAAUAAGGUUAAGAUCACGACAACCACUCGCAUCCGAAAACUCGGCACCGCGCGUCUCAACAAAUGCGCCGUCGAACGCCGUUCGUGGCUGAAGUUUGGAGAUGCCGUUGAAGAAGAUGAUGAUGCAUGCCUCACGAUGGUUUCCACGGAAGAAAUCAUACUGGAACGCCCCAAACCUGUUGGUUCCAGCAAGGAGGGUGCAAAGAAUAUUGUCACAUCUGCUCUGUUCAAGUUCAAUGAAGGUGCUGUUUAUAUGGUAUGCACGGCUUGUGGGAAGAACGCUGAUCAUUGGAGUGAAAGCUGUCCAUAUAUAUCUGUUGAAAGGUUUGUUGAUAUACCUCCAAGGCUAGUAGAUGAGCCAUACCUGAGUUGGAGGAACUAUAAGAAUUCUCUUCGGGUAACCAACCUCUCGGAGGACACAAGCGAGGGUGAUUUGUUUGAGCUUUUCAGUUACUUUGGUACAGUGGUCAGGGUCUAUGUUGACAUAGAUCAAGAGACUGGCAUUUGUAGAGGCUUUGGCUUUUUUAACUUUGUCAGCAGGGAAUAUUCUCAGAGGGCUAUUAACAAACUCAACGGAUAUGGCUACGAUAGUCUCAUUCUGAGAGUUGAAUGGGCCACCCCUACCUAG